AUGGAGGAGUUAACCGCAAUUGGUAUCGAUGCGGCCACCAAUCCCGAGUCAACGACGGAGCUCGGCGUGUCUAAGGCUGUGCAUGGAGAUAUCGCCUUGAACUUCUUAGAGACGUCCCCUGAGGAUUUCGUGGUCGAAAAGGAGGUAGCCAAACGAGUUCUCAGAAAGAUUGAUCUUCGCAUUCUUCCCCUUCUCUGCGUGACGCUCUUCUUACAAUUUCUGGACAAGUCUACCCUUAGCUAUGCCUCCAUCUUCGGAAUCAUUGAAGAUGCGCACCUUGUUGGAACCGAUUAUUCUUGGUUGUCGAGUAUCUUCUACUUCGGAUAUAUGAUAUCACAACCGAUUUCUGCGUAUACUAUGCAGCAUUUCUCGCCAGCAAAAUGCCUCAGUUUCAGCGUGUUUUGGUGGGGAGUUAUCCUUUUCAUGCAUGUUGUUUGCGAUAGCUUUGCGAAGCUCAUGGCGGUCCGAUUUUUUCUAGGCAUGGCAGAGGCAAUUGUGACACCGGCGUUUCUCUUGAUCACGAGUGGCUGGUAUCCGCGAAGUAUGCAGCCACUUCGCAUGGGAGCAUGGUAUGCCUUCAACGGCGUCGCAAUAAUGUUCGGUGGUCUCAUCGCAUACGGGCUUGGUCAUAUUCAUGUGGACAACAUUUCACCGUGGAAGUGGAUGUUCAUCGUUCCUGCCGGGAUGUCCAUUCUAUGGUCGAUUGUACUCUUCUUUUGUCUACCAACUUCACAAUUGACGGCGUCAUUUUUCAAUGAUCAUGAGAGACGCACAGCCAUCGAGCUGAUCCGCAAGGCGCUACUCGACCCGAUCACCUGGUUCCUGUUCUUCCUCAAUCUUCUCUUCAAUGUUCCCAAUUCUAUCUCAUCAUUCGGCAGUCUUAUUAUCUCCAACUUCGGGUUUGGUUCAUUGGAAACCACGCUGCUUAGCAUGCCUGGUGGUGCGGUCGAAAUCCUAACCAUGACUCUUAUCCCCUUACUCAGUAUGAAAGUCCACAACUCUCGGCUGUGGUGUACGUUUGGCGUGGUUUUGGUAGCACUUCUUGGGACAGCCUUGAUAUUUGCUUUACCAUACGGGGACAAGGGUGGCUUGCUUGCAGGAUAUUGGCUGAUCUUUAUCUUCCCCACUGCCGGAAUCUUGCUAUACUCGAUGUUAGGCGCCAAUGUGGCAGGUCACACCAAAAAGGUCACGACGAACGCAGUGGUCCUGAUCGGCUAUUGUGUUGGAAAUAUCAUAGGACCACAAUUCUUCAAGUCGGAGCAAAAGCCUCGAUACAGGUUGGCAAUUGGUUCAUUCUUGGUUUGUUGGUGUCUCAUGCUUGUCCUGUGCCUACUGUUUCGCUUCUACCUCCGCCGGCAAAACAAACGCCGAGAAGCACACCAGGAGGCCACCACCGAAAUCGAAUACGAAUCCAAUAUCGAGUUCCAUGAUUUGACAGAUCGGCAAAAUCCGAAAUUCGUGUAUAUUUUAUAGGACAGGCAUGGAAUGAAGUUCGAUAGCAUGGCGACUUUGAUAGUAUGAGUCGGAUGCGCGCC